ACUAAUAGAACUUGUUUUCUUUAAGUUUGGUGGCAACAAACAGUAUGCGGUUCCGUUUGGCAGCAGGACCAGAUAAAACCCUGCUUGAGUUUGGUCUUCGGAGGGCUCAGGGCCCAGAUGGGGCACUCUCUGCAUCAAGAUACUGCUAUCUUGGAGGUUUUGAUGGGACAAGCAAUGUGCUUGCUGGAAAACUUUAUGGUAUACCGGUGAAGGGUACACAUGCCCAUGCUUUUGUUACCUCUUAUACUGCCCUUGAAGACCUACAGUAUAAGAUACUCUCUGAGGAAUUAAACAGUAAGAAUUUGUUACCUAAAGACUCGAACACAGCGGUGAACUUUGUAGAGAAAUGUAUGGCCUGGCAAAAGAAGUUAGCUCCAUGUAUAGGAUUUUUACCUGAUCAAGUUAGUUUAGGGGAGCUGGCAGCUUUUAUAUCAUAUGCACAAGCUUUCCCAAAUGGCUUCCUCGCUCUUAUAGAUACCUAUGACGUUAGCAGGAGUGGGUUGGCUAAUUUUUGUACUGUGGCGGUUGCACUAUCAGAAUUGGGUUACAGAGCACUAGGUAUACGUCUAGAUAGUGGAGAUUUAUCAUACCUUUCACAGAUUGUCAGAGAUACAUUCCGUAAAGUGGCACAAACUUUUGAUCUCCCUUGGUUUGAACAUCUAACCAUUGUUGCCAGUAACGAUAUUAAUGAAGACACAAUUCAUUCCCUAAACCAACAGGGCCAUGAAAUCAACAGCUUUGGUAUAGGAACACAUCUAGUCACAUGUCAAAAGCAACCAGCACUGGGAUGUGUAUUUAAGUUAGUAGAAGUAAAUGGCAAAGCUCGGAUAAAGCUGAGUGAAGAUGUGGAGAAAGUAACCAUUCCUGGGAAGAAAUUUGCUUAUAGGCUGUUCGGGCAUGAUGGCAAUGCAUUGGUAGACUUAAUGCAAAAACCGUGCGAGGAUCCUCCAAAAGUUGGAACUAGAGUUCUCUGUAGACACCCCUUCCAGGAAUCUAAGAGAGCCUAUGUUAUUCCUGCAGAUGUGCAAUGUUUACACAGGGAGUACUGGAAAAAUGGACAAGUUCAAGAGAUGUUACCUCCAUUGAAUGAUUUGAGGAACAAAGCCAUAUCAUCUAUAAAGUCGUUGAGACAGGAUCAUAAAAGGGCACUGAACCCAACACCAUAUAAGAUACUCUCUGAGGAAUUAAACAGUAAGGUGUGA